GAGUCACAUUAAACAGAAACAAAAAUAAUAAGUAGAGACGCGUAGUGUUUGUUUAUCUAAGUCCACAAUCGGGCAAUCUGUGAAGGCGGGUUGUGAAGCGGAUGAUGUCGGUGGAUGACGCGCAGGGUUUGGGGUCUUGGGCACUGUCGGUUGGAGAGCGAACGUGAUGCCGCUGUUUGAGGGACUGGGCACUGGCGGCGAGAAGACCGCCGUUGUCAUUGAUCUAGGAGCCGCGUACACCAAAUGUGGUUUUGCUGGAGAAACUGGACCAAGAUGCAUAAUCCCUAGUGAAAUUAAGAAGCCAGGUCUAGCACAAGCUUCCAAAGUAGUUCAGUUUAACAUCAAUACUGAAGAGCUUUAUGGUUAUUUGAAGGAAUUCAUUCACAUGCUGUAUUUCAGACACUUGCUGGUAAACCCAAGGGAUCGUCGAGUUGUCAUUAUUGAGUCUAUUCUAUGCCCAUCGCAUUUCAGAGAAACACUGACUAGGGUGUUCUUUAAACACUUUGAGGUUCCUUCAGUGCUAUUUGCUCCAAGCCAUCUCAUGUCUCUCCUGACUCUUGGUAUCAAUUCUGCUGUGGUAUUAGAUUGUGGAUAUACAGAAGCUCUAGCAUUGCCUAUAUAUGAAGGAAUUCCUAUUUUGAAUGCCUGGGAAGCACUUCCUCUGGGAGGAAAAUCAAUCCAUAUGGAGUUGCAAUCACGGUUAUUAGAAGAGUGCACUGUGGACACAGGGACCAAAACUGGAGAAGGAUUAGCAUCUGUGAUGAGCUCAAUUCCGGAAGAAACUCUUGAGGAUAUUAAAGUUUGUACUUGUUUUGUAAGUGAUCUGCAAAGAGGACUGAAAAUUCAAGCUGCCAAGUUUAACAUUGAUGGAAAAGCUGAGCGGCCCCAACAACCUCCGGAUGUGGCAUAUCCUCUGGAUGGAGAGAGAAUUUUACAUGUCAGCGGAUCAAUCAGAGAUUCUAUAAUUGAAAUUCUCUUUGAACAAGAUAAUGAAGAGAAGUCCAUUGCCACUUUAAUUCUUGACUCACUUUUACAGUGCCCUAUUGACACAAGAAAGCAGCUAGCAGAGAAUCUUGUAAUCAUUGGUGGAACUGCUAUGCUACCUGGCUUUCUACAUCGAAUUAUGGCUGAAAUUCGUUAUCUCGUCCAAAAACCAAAAUAUAAAGAAGUGUUGGGAGCCAAGGCAUUCAAAGUGCAUACUCCACCUGCAAAACCAAAUACAGUAGCUUGGUUAGGAGGGGCCAUUUUUGGUGCUCUGCAGGACAUUUUGGGCAGUCGUUCAGUGUCCAAGGAAUAUUAUAACCAGACAGGUCGCAUUCCUGAUUGGUGCUGCCUGAGUAACCCACCGUUAGAAAUGUUGUAUGAAACAAGUAAAGCACCACCUCCAUUGAUGAAGAGAGCAUAUUCCACAGAAAAGUAGAGAGGACGUUGACGUACUGAGACAAGUGACUUAAAAGUAACGAGCUGUUUAUCUAGCAAGUAUAUUUUUGGCUCCAUUCCAAGAUUAUGUUGCUCAAAUUUUCUGUAUGUUCUUGUUAUUAAAUAUACUUGAACACUAGUUAGAGAAAGGAUGAUGUAUGAUCUGAAAACUUUCAACUUCACCGCACAUUUUCCAAAAGGCAUUUUACAGUCCGAACUCUGAAGUGAAGAUAUGGCAUUAAGUUCUUGAUAUAGGUGUUGCUGGUGAUGGAUUUUCCCCAACAACUAAUAGUCAGCUCUGAAGGUUUAUAGUUGCAAAUGUUUGAAUAUAAAUGUAUCCUAAGUACAUGUGUACACUUUAGUCCAAAGUUUACAAUAAAAAUAGUUCUUGAAGUCAUAGCAUGUUUUACAAUAAAGCAUAAUUAUGCUAUGUUGCA